ACUUAUUUGAAUACACGCGCGCGCGCGAUGCUCGCACGUAGCGUUCAACAUUAAUUCGUUAGUGAUAUUGUUUAGGAAUCGGCAGUCGUGUCCUACAGUUCGUCGCGUGUUGUCAUCGUCGCGCCAGUGCGAAAAUAAGGAAUUCCCGACCAACGGAUCCGAAUAUUUCGCGAUUUCUAUCGCAUUGUAAUUAAAUUCGCUGUGCGAACGUACGUCGCGUCGCGUUAAUCACCACCAGGACAUAAUUAUUCAUUUCUGUUCGUAACAUAUGCAUAACACGUUCCUUCCUACAUCACGAUAUUCAAGCCUUUGACCAUAUAAGACCUUUGACCUUUUUAUACUUAUAUAUAGUCAAAGAUUCAAAGAUCUGAUGCCAGGAAACAAGGGAAAGAAGCCCAUCAGGAAGAAAUCUACAAUUAAACAAAGAAGAAAACAUAAUUUAAGAAGAGUACAUAAUUAUAACGCUAUGUACGGUAGAUGUCCACACCCUGAGGAUAUCAGGAAUAGAAAUUUGGAUUCACAUCCAUCAGUUUCAUCAUUGGCACCACGCUCUGCAAUACCGCCGUGUCCGCCGCAUGAUUUCGUGCCCAAUCAGCCCGCUAAUGAAUUUCCAAGGAUUACACGACCAUUCGCCCCUGCAUUACUCGCGCGUCAUGGUUUCAUACCCAAUAAUGAAUCUCCAGGCAUUACACUACCACCAUUCCAGCAGUUAAUACUUAGGACCUUAUAGGGAUCUCUAAUCGACUGCUUUAGCCACCCGGUGAAAUGCUGUGUAAAUGGUGCAGUACUAAAUGCACCUAACGAGUGCCAGUGAGGUGCCGACAAAUAUCGCACAUAACCUAGAACUCGAGUUUUCUGUCGCUCGUUAGUUUUACAUCAUUCUCGGCAGUUAUAACAUCGAGGGCAAUUCAAAAAGUUACAUUGACUUAGCAAAUCAACGGAAUUUAUCGAGAAGGUCGCCUCGAUGCCGAAAUACUAUUGUGACUAUUGCGACACUUAUUUGACACAUGACUCGCCGAGCGUACGGAAGACCCAUUGCCAGGGUCGCAAGCACAAGGAUAACGUCAAGUAUUUCUACCAGAAAUGGAUGGAGGAGCAGGCCCAGCACCUGAUCGACGCGACGACGGCCGCCUUCAAGGCCGGUAAGAUCGCCUCCAACCCCUUCGCGGCCAGCAAGGGCGCGGCGAUCCCGCCGCCGCCGAAUCUCGGCUCCAACCUUGGCUCGAGAUCUGGAGUACCGCCCCAGGGACCGCCGGGAAUGAUGCCGCCGCCGGGUAUGCAUCCAGCUGGCCCGAUGGGACCGGGAGGCCCGAUGAUGAUGGGACCGCACGGACCGAUGCCGCCUCCUAUGAUGGGCAUGAGACCACCUAUGAUGGGACCGAUGGGGCCGAUGGGUCCUAUGAUGGGUCCUUUAGGUCCUAUGGGGCACAUGAGACCACCGAUGAACGGACCACCGCCUCCGAUGGUCGGCCCGCCGCCGAUGAAGAAAUAACAAUUAGAUUAAGGACUUUUCUUGUCUCUUGUGCAUCACGUUGGAUACAAUUGAAGCAAAACUAAACUUUUGAUUGUGAACAUGCUUAUCGGAGUGGUGUUAUUGCGUACAUUAUAUUUUUAAGAAUUCUGUACAAACCCGUACAAGUUGCGAAAUCAACUCUGAUAGAAAAAUACCUGCAACACUUUGAUUUGUAUCUAAAUGAUAGAAAUAUUCAUAAAUUUUUUUCCUAGUAAA